AUGUGGCUGAUUUUAUUUCUCCUUUCAUCUACUCUUCCAUCAAACUUCGGAUGGCCUUGCGAGUUCCCUUUGGCGGAUCCGUUGUACGAUGUCACCGCGAAUUCGCCGGUAGCUGCAAUCGAUCAAGAGUCGCUGGAGGAGACGGCCGAUUUUGAGUAUUUGUCAUGUCAAGCGUUCGAGUCGGAUUUCUUUGCUGUUCUGGCCAAAUGGGAAGGAAGGGCGUUGGGAGUGAUGAUUGGUAGACGUACUGGUGGGUUGUUGAAGACGUUAUUUACUUUCCAAAAAUUGAUUUUAAGAUGCAUACGCCAGCGAUGACGACCUACUUCAAGCCUGGCUGGAUGGACUCUAUCGGCAUGUGGGCGGAUCAUUGUACCCGUCUGAAGACGCUUGCGUGAGUUUAUUAGGUAAAAGUUCCUUAUUCUGGCCACAGCUUAUAACUUUGCGGAAGCUGGUCAGAAUUAGCCCAAAUUUAGCGUGCAGAAUAAAUUCAUCGUUGUCGAAAGUGGCUUUAGUUGGUGAGUUUUUACGUACCACCUUACCCUUCAAAAACGGCUGCAAUCCGCGAUUUUACACUUUAUACGAUGAAACAUGUCCGGAUCUAAACGUAUUCCCUCCGUAUAGAACUAAAUCAGUCGUCAUAGCCUUCGUAGGUACCCUUAAAACUAUAGAGAUGUUAUAGUAAUUCAGUGCCAAUUAGGUCAAAGCCUUGUUUCCUAACUUUAAUUCCCAAGGUUGGGCGCGGUUCGCAGAGUACCUUUGUUGUGGCCAGAAUAAGGAACUUUUUCAUUUAUUAAUAGUUUUAGACAACUCGACUUUUCUUUUGAAGCCACAUUGCUUUUUUCAGAGCGGAUCCUUAUUUUGCGGAGUUUUGAAACGGAUCAAUCUGAAGAAGCCGACAAACAGUAGAGGCUUUCUGUUCAGUGCUUUCAAUCUUGCGGAGGGUCUAAUAGCUAAAAGAGCGUUGGGAUUUAAGGAUCAUGACACCAUGUAAGCUUUUUUUCUACUUUGAAUAUAUAAUAAAACUUUUUGAAAUCUAUAAACAUGAAUUAUUCGCCUUCCCUCAGGUCUGGAAGGCCAAUAACUUUGAAAAUAAUGGAUCAAAAUUUUCAAAAAUUGCAUUUCUCGGAUCUUGAAAGCCCUUAUUUGUUGGUCAUAAAGUUUUCCUCUCAAUAUUCCCUCAGGGCAUUUCUAAAUAAAUUUUUUCCCUGAAUUAUCAAAAUCCGAAAUAUUCAUUUUUCAUCGAAAAAAUUACCGAUUAAAAUACCUUUUUAAAGAAAUCUUUAUCAGCAUUUUUAAACUCUUUAUUCUAUCUAUUUUUUAUAAACAUUUCAGUGAAUUUGGCACUCGGAUUUAUUGGAACGAAAAUGAAAAGUUGAUUGAUGUGGCAUACUUUGGUAAUGAAACAAUUCUCGGCUCAAAUUUUCCCGAACUUGGCAACUAUUCCGAUACAAAAUCUUACUGCCUUCGACUGGACAAUCCGGUCAAGAUUUCGGACACCGAAUUUACGGGAUAUGGAGCAAUCGCGGUCAAGGAAAGCCAGAAUUUUUGCUUCAAUUUGGAAACUGUUUUGUAGGCUUAAUUUUACAAGGGCUCGGCAAAACCCCGCUUCCUAUUUUCAGCCCAAAAAUUCUUUAUUUUUGUUAGUAUUUCAGCCCCAAUGGUAGCACUCUACAUCAGAACGGGAUGACUCCCAAAGAUGCCGUCAAAAUUCUGGACGAAAAACCAUUAGAUGUAGAGAUGUUCAAGGAGCGUUUCCUCCCUCAUUGGGGUGGGUUUUGUAAUUAAAGAACAGAAUUUAUGUGCUUUUUGAAAGCCAAUGUUGUCCAUGUUUUAGAUGAGAACGAAAAUUUUCCGAAUUAUGUACAAUUUGGCUGCCCGUUUUAUGAUUUGGAACAAGAGAAUUCGGUCCACUACAGACUUAUGGGAUGUCAAGGUUCUGCGUUUUGUCAUCUAAAAAUGGAACAACAGGAACAGGUAAGUUAGAUGGAGCGUUUGGGAGGAAAUUUGAGAGACGGCGAGCUUAGGACUUGCAGAAAUUGGUGGCAGUUCUACUUCGCGGCAAAAGCCAUUUGCUCAAACUUUCUUUAAAUUUUGCACACACGUCGGGUAUGAAGUAAAUAUCAAUUCCUCAAAGUCCUAGCUCGCGCUUUGAAGGCGCAGCCGAGAUAUUGAACGAUCUCUGCAGCCGAGAGAGUACGCUAAACGAGGAGAGCGGUCAGAGAGAAAAACAGUUUUUGGCCGUAACUUGGCUAGUUUUGUGCGGAAAAAAUUCAUUUUUUGUGGAAACACUACCCUUUACGGAAGAAAUGGAUAUGCAACUUUUCGUGCCGAAAUUCGGCAAGAAGUCUCAAAUUUUCGUCGACUUUCGAUCUAAAAAUCUCGGUGGUUUCUGCAAAGCGCGAGCUAGGAUUGUCGCAUACAUUUUAAACAAAAUUAUUCUAAAUUUGUGCCAAGUUUCAUAAAAGAAAAAAGUUUGCAAAAGUUACAUUUCUCCCAGAAAAAUUGAGCCAAAAUAGUUUUUUCUCUUUGACCGUUACUCAUUUUGCGUGUUCUGUCAUAAAAAAACAUUGCUGAAUUUUCAUCUUCGGCAAUAUUCUCAAGCAAAAUCAGUGGCAUUAUUGUUCAGGGACCCUGUAAUCGCUCCCGCUUCUACAUUCCCAAGGAUCCGAGGAGACCGCUGUGCCCGGUCGCGUUUGAUACUGGAAUGCGAAAAUUUAUUUCGUUUGAUUACUUUGACGAGCCGGUGGAGUUGUUAGAAGAGCGGGUGAGAUUUUUUUUUUUUUUUGAAUUUUUUGAUUCCAUUUCGAACUUCAUUUAUCGCAUUUUUAGAGAAUUAACCGCAAGUUUAAUUUAACAGUAAAUCUGACAAGUUACUGCGAAAAUGGGACCAAGGUUUUUCACAAGGGCUACUCCACUGUGCUGAUUCUUACUAUGGGCAAGUCGCUAUCAAAAAAAUAUAGAAAAAAAACUUUUUUGAAGAUCUUACUUAAAUUUUUUAAACUUUUAGCCAAACCAGGAACGGAGAGUAAAGUGGAGGAGCAGCUUUUCCAAAUCUUCAAGCAAAACGAACAACACUACGCAAAGAGUAAACUUUUUUUGAAUUUUGGAAUUUUCAAAUUGGAUGUGGAAAUCUUAUCUUGGCCAUUACCAUAGAAAUAUCAGUCCGUCGGGAAAAUAAUGAGCACAAUGUCGCAGCGAAAAUCGCGUCGCCGCGGGAAAAUGGAUUGUCAAAUUUAAAUUGCUUUUCAUUUCAGAAAUUGUCGCAGCGACAUUUGGCACAUUACUUUCCCGACAGACUGAUAAGUAGUGGAGAAAAACUUUAAAAAAUUUAAUUUUCGGAAACUACAGAGACUAAACAAACUACUGUAGUAAAAUGCAUUUUACUACAAUAGUUUCAAGGCCCUUUUAAAACCAACGGGUUCACUUGGUCAAGUCUCAAAACGUAUUUGUAGAAUUUUUCGUUUCAGCAGAAAGUGAAGAAAAAAUUUCCCGCCCCUUUUUGGUGAUUCGUUCAAAACGAAAUGUCACUAACCGAUAAAAACCAUUUUCUAAUCUUUCUUCUCCCUUUUCGAGAAAAAGCAACUAUUUCGGGCUAGAAAAAGUGCCGGUAAUUUCGCGACAUUUCGUCUCUCUUUUAAAUCAAUGAAAACGAUACGAAGUUUCGAAACGGUUCAGGAAAUGCGCUGGAUUGACGUGUGUCGUUUCAGCUGAAAUUGAAGACUCAACGUACGAACUGCGGGCGACAACAACAGAGCCGGCAACAUCUACCGCAACAACUGUUCCCGCAACGACUACAACACCUGACUCGGAAGCGCUCUUUUGCUAUGUCGGAGAGUAUUCCAUAGACGGGUCAAUGAAACGGACGAACAUCGGGGGUGAGGAGAAAGGUAAGCAUGAUAUCGAUAAAAGAAAUUUGUUUCUUCGUCAACGUUUUUCAUGUUCAGAAGUGGAAGCGGGUGAGUUUUGUUAUGCGCAUUUUUUGGACAAGCAGAGCGACAAGGUCCUCUUCCACGCAGAAAGACAGGUUAGUUUAUCGCCUAAACUUGUACUUUAAAACAAUUUUUUUUUUGUUACAAAAUUGGUUUCAGCGUUUGUCGGAAUGCGUCCAAGGAGUCAGAAUCAAAGUCCACGGAGAGUUUGGAUUUUGCAGUCAUCCGCAUAAAUUUAAUGCCCCCUAUAACGACGGUAUUAAUUAUACCAAAUAUUUCUUGGAAGAAGAUAUUGCGCUUGUUAGCGAUGAGUUAGAGGAAAAAAGAGUUUGCCCACAAGAUGGUCAUCAGAGCGUCGAGUGCGCUUACCAAUGUUAUGCUUUCCUGGAUGAUACGGAUCGAGUGAGUUGUGGACGGUUUUAGUGCGACAUGGGUGAAGCGGAACUGGGACGACUGGGGAAAAGUAGGAUUGUGGAAACCGAAAAGUGUUACUUUCCUUCGAUGCAAGUGUCGAAAUUAGGAUAAUCGAUGGUGCUGAUUUCGAAAAUCAUGUUAACUUUUUAUGCAGUACUAUAUAGUACUAUCUGAUCGGUACUAAAUAGCACGAAGCCUUUAAAACGUGUUUUUGAAGAGUACUAAGCAUCAAAACAACACCAUGAUCGUCAAAAACCUUAUUUUCAUCUCGUACCGCAGAUAGUAAAAAGUUAACACGAUUUUCGAAAUCAGCACCAUCGAAAACCCCUAAAUCGAGUAUUUAUGAAAAAAUUUAAAAAGGACUACUUUACUUAACAUAAGGAAAAAAGUAACAAUCAAAAAAAUGAAUGUCAUUUUCGAAAUCAGCACCAUCGAUUAUCCUAAUUUCGACAUUUGCAUCGAAGAAAAAUAGCACUUUUCGGUUUCCCCAAUCGUCCAACUCCGGGGUAAAGGACGGCAAUCCGAAAGAGAAGAAAAAUGUUUUCCGCACACAUUUGAGUUUCGUCCAAACGAAGUGUCAAAAUUGACAAAACAAAUAAGAUUCCGAGAAAAAUAUUUUUCGGUCGGAAGGCCCCGCGAAAAAUUCUUUUGUGAGAUUUCUUUUGACUUCAAUUGAUUUUCGAUCUGAUCGGAUAACAUGCCAAACGCUGUAACUUGACCUUGACAUAAGCCGUAUUGUUUCCAGAUCAUAUCCGGAUGCGCCAACGACAUUGGUGACCGCGGGUUGGUAUGCCGCCUAAGAAGUGGUAGCAGCAGGGCGCUGAACGAUGAAUGCGGUGUGGUGGUGCAGGCUUCCUCCGAUGGUGCAAAUCGUGAUCCUCUGUAUAAAAUGGCAGUGAGUGCUGGCGAUCGGAUCUCCAAUAUUCAAGCUUUCAGAAGUAUUGCUGCGUCGAGCCGCGGAGUCCGUCGAAUGCCAGUCACUAUUACGAGGCGCUGCGGAAGUUUAUGCGAGACCGUACAGACGUCGGCUUUUCGAAGGUCAGUGUAGAAGCAAUUUAUGAGGACUUCAUUGAGGAUCAUGUGGUUCACACGUACGCGCCUCGCCCGACUUCCUUCGGCAUGGACGCAAUUCUGGAAGAGUUUGACCCUUCGUGUUGA